GCUCCCAGCGCAGAGCCUGCGGGUUAGGUUGUGAGGCUCCAGCCGGGGGCGGGGAGGAGCCGAGGGGAUUCAGGGCAAGCUCGGCCGCCGGGUGGGUCGGGACGUGAGGCGCGCCCUUCAUUGAAGCGGCGGUGGCCGGGCUGGGCGCCGUGAGGGAGAAACGACGGCGCGGCUGGAAAAUGCCAGUCCAUUCUCGAGGGGACAAGAAGGAGACGAACCAUCACGAUGAGAUGGAGGUGGACUACGCCGAAAACGAGGGGAGCAGCUCCGAGGACGAGGACACGGAGAGCUCGUCGGUUUCCGAGGAUGGAGAUAGCUCAGAAAUGGAUGAUGAAGACUGCGAGAGAAGAAGAAUGGAAUGUUUAGAUGAAAUGUCUAAUCUUGAAAAACAGUUUACAGAUCUCAAAGAUCAACUUUAUAAAGAACGAUUAAGUCAGGUGGAUGCAAAACUGCAAGAAGUCAUAGCUGGAAAAGCACCAGAAUAUUUGGAGCCACUGGCAACUUUACAAGAAAAUAUGCAAAUUCGUACAAAGGUAGCAGGAAUCUAUAGAGAGCUCUGCUUAGAAUCUGUAAAGAACAAAUAUGAAUGUGAAAUACAAGCUUCUCGCCAGCAUUGUGAGAGUGAAAAGCUUUUGUUAUAUGAUACAGUCCAGAGUGAACUAGAGGAGAAGAUAAGAAGGCUUGAAGAGGACAGGCACAGCAUUGAUAUUACCUCAGAGCUGUGGAAUGAUGAACUUCAAUCAAGAAAAAAGAGAAAGGAUCCUUUUAGUCCUGACAAAAAGAAGCCAGUUGUUGUUUCAGGUCCAUAUAUAGUUUAUAUGCUACAAGAUCUUGAUAUUCUUGAAGACUGGACAACAAUUAGGAAGGCAAUGGCUACAUUGGGUCCACACAGAGUGAAAACAGAACCACCUGUGAAACUGGAAAAACAUUUGCACAGUGCUAGAUCUGAAGAGGGAAGAUUAUAUUAUGAUGGUGAAUGGUAUAUACGUGGACAAACAAUAUGUAUUGAUAAAAAAGAUGAAUGUCCUACAAGUGCUGUAAUUACAACAAUUAACCAUGAUGAAGUUUGGUUUAAGAGGCCUGAUGGAAGCAAAUCUAAGCUUUACAUUUCGCAGCUACAGAAAGGAAAAUAUUCAAUUAAACAUUCGUAAUCAUGAUUUAAGUGUUAUCUAAAUCUACCUUAUUAGUGUUACCAAGUGUGAUGUGCCAUGGGAGUAAAAAAUGUAUUCAAUAACUUAAUAUUCUCAUCGAAUCAUGAGAGACUGUGUAUUUGCAGGUAGUACUCUAAGUAGACCUCAUACUGAUAGGAUAUUGAGAUAGUAAUACAAGUUUAAUCA